CGUAUAGGACAAGGCUUUAACCAGCUAGUGUUAGGCUUUUCGUGAGUAUAGCUGAUUAUGGCAAAGGCGGGCGCACAACCAGCGGAGUUUAAACUGUAUUACUGGCCUGAGAUAGUUGGCCGUGGCGAAUUCAUUCGACUGUUGUUUGCGGAGACACAAACACCGUAUGUAGACGUAUUUGAAGGCAAGUCGUUCGUCGAGGCGAAGAAAAUGGGCUAUGGAAAGGCGAAAAGACAUUUCGCCUUUCCAGUCCUUGAACAUGGUGAAAUCUACUUGAGCCAAACGCCGGUCAUAUGCAGAUAUUUGGGCAAAAAGCUGGAUGGCGGUAGAUUGUAUCCGAAGACCGAACAAGGUCGACUUCAAGCUGAGAUGAUCAUGGCUGGAAUUGUAGACUGGGUUGAAGAAGGUUUACGGGCGUGGCACGCUAUCGAUACAAACGCGGGUCAUCUCGAGCAGAAAGAAGAAACAAAGCCUUUUAUUGAAUACUACAAGAACAAGCGGCUUCCAAAGUUUCUAGAUUUUUUCGAGACCCUCUUGAAAGAAAAUCACAAGAAAACUGGAAAGCUCGUUUUUGUUGGCGACCAGUUGUCAUGGGUUGACAUUUGCGCCUUCCAUGUUAUUGAUGGGAACCUGUUUGAGUGUCCAGAGGUGCUGGAUCGUGAACCCACGGAAUACCUAAAGAAGUUUCACAGUGCCAUGGGAGAGAGACCAAAUAUCAAAGCGAGGCUCGACUCCGACAAACGACCCAAAUACACUCAUACUGGACCCAUUGUGUAAAAAAUAUAAUUGAUGUCUUCCUGGCUGGAUUUUCAUUUCAUUCUUAAAUCAUGACAGAUGAACUCGAGUCGUCUUUUUAAAGGGAUAUGGCAAUAAAAAUUAUUUAUUUUUUGUGGAAAAGAAAUUUACACUUCUUAUAGAGCCUUUUCACAAAACUUGUUUAUCUUCCUUACUUCUCAAGAUAUUGGCGAUCAAAAACAUCGACUAUCGAGAUAUAUCCGCCGUCUUUUUUUUAAUGAGAUCUUUAAACGUCAAAAGCAGGGGUAACGCUUAAAAAAAUUACAUGUUUACGCUUUAGUUUAGAACUUUUACAAUUCAAACGUUAUAAUUUGAGAUACGUGCGAUUGUAAUACCAUGGAACUAUCACUUCGCUGGAUCGUUAAUUUGAAGUUACAGAACCCAGGGGCCGGUUGUAUAAAAACGUAGUUAACUUUUAACUAUAGUUAGUGACAGAAUUGACCAAUCAGAGUCAUGUAUUUCUGAAUUAACUACGAUUUAACUACGCAAAAUUGUAAUUAAGAGGUUUAUACAACCGGCCCCAGCUUAUGACGUAACGCAUACUGACAUAUGCAUAUCCAAAAUGGCGGAUGGGAGAUAAUUUCAUUCAAAAAUAUCUUGAGAAGUAAUAAAGUCAACAAAAAUCCGUUAACAAAAACAAUCAUGACGAAAAUAGACAAAGCUCAUGCAUUUUUAUUGCCAUAUCCUUUUAGUGCAUGUUUAUAUGAUCCCGUCUAGCCGGGACGGGAUGUUUUCAUCCCGCUUAGCCGGGAAACUCGCCUAGGCGGGAUGGCGUAUUUAUAUGGAGUUCAUUUCGUAGUGCAGGUUCGUUCGACGGCAUGUUUUAUUGUAGAAAACGAAUAUGCCAAUAUAUACACAUGCUCCUAAUGAAUGUUAAUCGCGAAUCAUCCCGGCCAAGCGGGAUGGAGUGUUAGGAAGUGCCGGGAUCCCGCCUUCGCGGGAUGGAAAAAUGGUCAUAUAAACACUAAUUAGUGUUUGUAUUACAAUGUAGCUAUGUGUCUAACAAUCAAUGUGAUUGAUAUUAA